GUUUCUGUAUGUUGAGAACAGAAGGUAUUUUACAGUCUCAAGUUUCCUGACAGGAUCAGAUGUGUCCGUGUGUGCUCUGAGAAGAUGAAAUGAAGUCUCUCAGAUUUUACUGCAUUUUAUCUAAAUUAGUUCCCUCAAAUUCUAUAUUAAAAGUGAAUAAUGCAAUCAUUUAGAUAACUUCUAAAGCUAUAAUGAGAUGCUAAUUAUUAUUAUUACUUUAAGGAUAUGUAUAUUUACACUGGCAAAAUAAUAUUCUACAGAGUGGAAUUUAUUGUGUAAGGUCAUUUUAAGAAUGGGGAUGAUCAACAUAAAAGAACAUCAAAUUGCUCUUCAUACUAAUAUUUUACUUGCACUUUCUAUUUUUCUUUAAUUAAAAAAAAAUCCAUUGUUGUUACCUAGCAUAGUGCUUGGCACAUACAUAACUACUUGGUAAAUGUGAGUCAUUCUUUGAGUAUGUAUUGUGUGGUAGGCAUUGUACUGGCCUCUGGGAGUACAACAUUGAACAAGAAAAUUCCCAGCUCUAAGGGAACUUACGUGCUAGUAGGGAGGAAACAGUUUUCAGGUAGAGGAAGAAGAUCCAUCCAAAGAGAAACCAUGAAGGAGCCGCCACCAGUGAGGUAGGAGUGAAACCUGGAGAAUAUAAUGUUCCAGAGGAGAGGAGACUGAAGGAAGGCGUCAGAAGAGUCAGAAGUUAACCUUCAGAAGAGUCAGAGUCGCAUGCUUCCAAGAGGCCAAGCCCAGAUUAUUCUUCAUCAGCAUGGUUACCUGGUAAUGAAUCAUUGUGGCAGGCCACAACUGUUCCAUCUAAUCAGCGAAAUAGCCAUAUCAGGAGACAUAGUAUAGCUUCUGACAGUGGUGAUACUGGAAUUGGAACUUCCUGUUCUGACAGCGUGGAAGAUCAUUCAACUUCAAGUGGCACAUUAUCUUUUAAGCCUAGUCGGUCAUUGGUUACUCUUCCUACUGCCCAUGUCAUGCCGUCCAACUCCAGUGCUUCAGUUUCCAAACAUAGGGAAUCACUGACAGCAGAUGGCUCAAAAUGGAGUAUAAGCCUCAUGCAAGCAUUGGGAAAUCAUAGUAGAGGGGAGCAGGACUCUUCACUGGACAUGAAGGACUCCCGGCCCCUCCGGAAAUGGUCAUCUUUAUCCAAACUCACUGUCCCAGAGAACUGUAGUCAGGGUGGCGUGGUGUGCACAGAAGCAUCAAGGAGAGGUUUGGAAAAGACAGGGAGAGAGAAGGCAUUAGCAGCACAGCUGAGGACCACUGGACCUAGCUGUUUACACGACAGCAUGGAGAUGCUGAAGCUAGAGGAUAAGGAGAUAAACAAAAAACGACCGUCAACUCUGGACAGCAAAUAUAAAUUUGAGAGCUGUAGCAAAGAAGACUUUAGAGCUUCUUCCUCCACUCUUAGGAGACAGGCCUUAGACAUGACAUACAGUGCCUUACCUGAAAGCAAGCCUAUUCUGACAAGCUCAGAGGCUUUUGAAUCUCCGAAAUAUUUAAUGCUUGGUCAGCAAGCGGUAGGCGGCGUUCCCAUCCAGCCUUCUGUGAGGACGCAGAUGUGGCUGACGGAGCAGCUGCGGACAAACCCCUUGGAAGGUAGAACCACAGAGGACUCUUACAGUCUAGCUCCUUGGCAGCAGCAGCAGACGGACGAGUUUCGGCAAGAAAGGGAAACAGCGGUGCAGGUUUUGUCUGGAUCAUCUCGUCAAAGUUAUUCACCUCCUGGCUAUCAAGAUUUCAGUAAGUGGGAAUCAGUGCUGAAAAUAAAAGAAGGACUACUAAGGCAGAAAGAGAUUGUAAUUGAUCGGCAGAAGCAACAGAUCACCCACCUGCAUGAAAGAAUAAGGGAUAAUGAGUUACGAGCACAGCAUGCCAUGCUAGGACAUUAUGUGAAUUGUGAGGAUUCUUACGGGGCUGGUUUGCAGCCACAAUAUGAGAACACCUCCCUCCAGACUCCAUUUUCAGACCAGUCAGCAUCCCAUUCCCAGCACGAGGAACUUGAGCAAAAGCUUGCAUCUACUGAGAAAGAAGUUUUACAGCUCAAUCAGUUUCUCAAACAAAGAAUAAGCCAAUUUAGUGACGAGAAGAAGAAACUGGAGGAAAAGCUUAAAACCAGAGAUAGAUACAUCAGUAGCUUGAAAAAGAAAUGCCAGAAGGAGUCUGAACAGAAUAAAGAAAAGCAGAGAAGAAUUGAGACCUUGGAAAAGUAUCUGGCUGAUCUUCCAACUCUUGAUGAUGUGCAGAGUCAGAGUCUACAGCUUCAAGUUCUAGAAGAAAAAAAUAAGAAUUUGCAAGAGACUUUGAUAGAUGUGGAAAAAAAGCUUGAAGAGUUCAAAAAACAGUAUCAAGAAAAAGAGGCACAGCUCAUAUGCCAGAAAAAGAAAGAAAAGGAGUUGGUAACUACAGUUCAAAGUUUGCAGCAAAAAGUAGAAAGAUGCCUUGAAGAUGGAAUUCGCCUUCCCAUGUUAGAUGCAAAACAGCUUCAGAAUGAAAAUGAUAACUUGAGAGAACAAAAUGAGAAUGCCAAUAAGAUAAUAGAUAGCCAACAAGAUGAGAUUAACAGGAUGAUUUUGGAAAUUCAGUCUAUGCAAGGGAAGCUUUCUAAAGAAAAAUUGACUACUCAAAAGAUGAUGGAAGAGCUGGAGAAGAAAGAAAGAAACCUUCAGAGAUUAAGAACAUUGCUUGAUAACCAAAGACAAACAGAAGAGACCUGCUCUUUAUUGGAUCAGGGCCAGGAAGCAGAACAGUCCAGGCAGCAGACCGUCCUUUCCAAAAGGCCACUCUUUGAUUUGAGUGUGAUUGAUCAGCUGUUCAAGGAAAUGUCCUAUUGUUUGCUUGACUUGAAGGCAUUGUGUAGUAUUCUUAAUCAGCGUGCUCAGGGCAAGGAGCCUAAUCUUUCUUUAUUACUGGGAAUCAGAUCAAUGAACUGUUCAGCUGAGGAAACUGAGAAUGACCACAGCCCAGAGACACUCACUAAAAAGCUGUCAGAUGUAUGCCAGUUACGGAGGGACAUAGAUGAAUUGCGGACCACAAUAUCAGACCGCUAUGCUCAGGACAUGGGAGACAACUGUGUCACCCAGUGACCAGUGUCAGUCCCACGGCAAUAACGACCCGCUGCGAAGUGCUGCUGUGUGAAGUUCUUCAUGUUUCUUUUCAGGAGCCAUGAUAGAAAGUUGCAAGUGACAUGUGUCUUGCUGCAUAGGUUUUUUUCUGUGGAUUUGUUCUGUUGCAGAAGAAUUGGGAUGUGAGAAAGUUUCGAAGGGGCUUCUCUAAUCAGGAAAAAAAAAUUAAAUUGCCAUUUGAAAAAUAUGAUAAAAUGUAUAAGAAAAAAAAAUCUGUAUUCUCAAACUACUGAUUGUAGGACCAAGCUGUGAAGAGUGCCCUUCAGAUAAAGGGAUAAGAUUUCUUUUAAUCACAUAAUUGUGUGUGUGUGUGUGUGUGUGUGUGUGCAUGUGUACUUAUUUACAAAAUUGUAAGGAUUUCUAAGAUCAAAGCAAAGCUUCUGAGAAAGGCACACACUAUAUUCUUGUGCUUCUUUUUUUUUUUUUUCAUGGAGAAGCUUGUGUUGUACUUGGGGUUUUCAAGGGUUGGCUUAGCAAGAGUUCCCACACCAGGCAAGUGUUGUAACAGCACUACAACAGUAAAGCCUUUUGUGUUUUGAAUGAUCACUGUGCUGAGAUGGUGAGGUUGUGGGAUUGGGUUGAUUUUCGUACUGUAGAUAGGUCAGCUAUUUUUCCAGAGUGAUUGUGAAUCGUCUAAGAGUUGUGAAAUACCAAUGUGAUGGUUAUUCCCAUUAGCAUUGUAAUUUACAUAUUACAAGGUGAUUUAACAUAAUCUGAACUAACUUUAACAUGUCCCUUACUAUUUACAAUUUUUAUUUAUAGAUUAUAUGUAUAUAUCAGUGUAAACAAAGCCAUAUAUAAUUAAUGCAAACCUAAGGCCUCAGAUCAUUAUUGUAAAAUGAACAAAAUAACUCUGGAACAAUAACUUAUUUAUCCAAAUCUCAAAUGUUUACAUUUUUAACAGUUUUGUAUCUGUUUUAAAGUUGAAACCACUUUAAGAAAAAAUCAGCCUGUAUUCUUUAUAUCUGAAUUAUCACUAGCAUAAACAAAGUCUAAACCUAAGUGAUACAGAAAUUCUUCUUAAUAGGUAAAGUACAUUAAAAACAGGGUUCUUCAUAGAAUAUAAACUUGCCCACAUUAGUUGUUCUUCUGGGGUAUAGGAUAUCACUAUGAAAUGCAACUGAUAUUUUUUAGUAGAUAUGCAGUCAUUUAAACUUCCAAAUGAGUAUUUCCCUAUUUUAGUUAUAUCUUGGAAGGAGUAUGUAUUUUAUUACCUUCAGAGCAUUUAGUACAUUCUUUUGAAUGUACUUAGUUGUGGCAAUCAUUGUCCUUUACACAUUGGUUUUAAUUUAUCUCUUGAUACAGCCCCAAGUCUCAUUUAGGUCAAGACAAAUAAUAGGUAGAAGGAACAAGGGAUGUUAAUCAAGCUGGAGAAUAUUGUUUGGGGCAAGAGCAGAUCACAUGUCUGUUUUCUUGCCAGACUUAUAUUAAUGGUAUAAAGGCUGCUCCUAGAAAAAUAUGCUUCUGAGUAAUUUCAGCAGUGAAAACAUAUUUGGGAUAGACCUUCAAAGAAACUACCCAGGAAGACAUUCAGCUCAGAAUUUGACUUAUAUGCAGUUCUCAAUAGUUAUUCAAUAGUUAGAUUUCAGCAAUCAGUUAUAAUACACUGUAAGGACAUCAGCCUUCCCUUCUGUCCAGUGCCUGAGUCCUCCCUGCCAUUUUAUGUCUUAGGAUCUGGACACUAAGAAAUCAGUGCAUUGUAGGGAUUCUGCUUCCCACAGUCCUUAAGCUGAAAAGGAGGGACUUGGUCACUAGCAAGAAUUUGGCUUUCUAAGAUGUUCAUCUGUUUUUUAAUGUUGGUGGUUUGAAGACAAUCAAGGAGUAGUAUAUUUGUACCAAAAAUCUGAUACAAAGAAUUCUGCCUUGUAAAAAUUAGUAUCUGUAAAAAUGGUCCUUUAUAGUAAAGUAGAUAAUUAGCAUCUAAAAUAGAUAAUCCACAAGUAUAGCACACAUUUUUACAUUCUCUUUGAAUAGAAUCCCCUCCCCCCACCCUCAACCUCCACAAUUUUGAAAGUAAAGGUACCCUAAAAUGAUAGUGAUAAUGGGCAAAUAAUCACUGAUUUGGAUUACUAGGUUCUUACUAAAAUGUAUAUGUUUGGGAGUUUUAUGGUUAUUAGUGUUGUUUAAGCAAACUUUUGGUCAUUUGUUUUGACCUCUGUAGAUACUUUGUUUUCUGCCUUUAUUGUGAUAAAAUAAUUUAUAUUUUUAAAAAAUAAGUUAGUUUUCUAAAACUCAAAAAAUUUGACUUUAAUUCACAUAUCUUGGGGUAAAAAAUUUUAACCUAACAGGAAAUUAACUAACUAUUGCUGAUAUAUUUCAGUUUCUAAAAUGUAUCCUCUCCAUGAAAAGGAGAAUUAAGAUGUAAUAAUUUAAGUAUAGCCUUGAAUUACAGACUGUUAAUCUCUUGGAGUCUGGGUUUUGUAAAGGGGCCUAGAUAAUAAGCAGACAGCCUUGGAGGGAAUUUUGAGUGGAGUAAAGGUAUUAGUAGUCUAAUAUGUCAGUAUUUAAUUUUGAUUUUUCAGAAAAUUCCCCUCUCCAAGACAACCUUUUAUGUUAGACUAGUAAGAAUAAUGAUAUCUCUUUAAAAACAAAGAUUACUGUUAGACUAGGUAAGGUGGACAAGUAGAAACUCUAUAGAGUCAUGUCCUAGUUUGAAGUAGGAUAUUCUUAGGAGUUAUUACAGUGAUUAUCUGUCUGAGGUGAAAAUUAACCUAAGUUUUAAAGUAAAUCUAUUUGAAAUUUGCUUAAAUAUUGACUUAGGUAAGCCAUGCCUGAGUUUGUUUCUUUUUUUUUUUUUUAAUAAGUAUGGCCCCUUUUUGUGUUUGAAAUAGGAGUCAGUAUUUAAUGUUAACCAUAUUUUAUUUUAGUGACAUUUGUUUUAGUCAUGACACUUUAUUAAGCUGAAUUAGACUUCUUUCAGUAGCUCGUUAGAGACAAUCUCAAGGGCUGGAAAGUGUUGCUAAAAUGAAUAUUGUACAUUUCCACAAUAAUGUACAAUAAUGAAUGACUAAUAAGAUUAUAAAUUUUGCCAUAGUUCAAGACUUAUUAAUAGGAUUAUCUUAGAUGGCAUUUUUAAAGGAACUACUUUAUUAGGAGAAUGUUCUUUCAAUAUCAGUAAUAGUUCAUUGAAUAAUAUAGUAGCUGAGAACUUGGACUAUAUUUUUACAUCACAUAGUUCAGCUCAGACACAUCUUUGGAUUUUGGCAUUCACUUAUGCAGCUUUGUAUCACUGUAGAUACGUAAUUAUAGAAAUAAGCAAUUCUCAUAACCAUGCUUAACUCAGACAAUGUCAUUUGAAACUGCCAGUAGCUAGAGGUCUCAGAGCCAAAGUUAAUUCAUUUUGUUUCCAUUUUUGACAGUUUUUUUCCCCCAGUGUUCACAAAACAUAAAAUUCCAGUGUUCACAAAACAUAAAAUUUCUAGCUUCACCCCAAAAUGUCAUGCUGGAAAUUGCUGUAUAAUAAUAACCUGCAUUUAAUCUCGAAGAGGGAAAAGUUUUGGAUAUUUGGAUUUUUAUCUUAUUUAAAAGAAGCAUUGAGUAUAUUAAGAAUGUAGUUUCAAAUCAGUGUCAUUAACAGCACUGUCGCAACUGCAUAGGUGAAGAACCUUUUGUGCCUUUUUGCCUGCAGUAAGCAUUCAUUUCUAUUUACAUGAGCUGUAAGAAUGUUGAUGAUUAUUGCACCUUGUUCUUCUGUAAAUAGACUUGAUUAAGGAUUUUUGUUUAAAGCAAGGAGCAGUUUUUCGUUACUAGGUAGAUACCUUAAUAAACAUAAAGGGAGUUAUCAGAUAAUAUGUCUUUGGAGUCCAACCUUUUCCCUGUUUAGUGAGCAGGAAACUCCUUUGGAAUGUAUUCAUUUGUGUGUAUGUGUGUGUAUAUGUAUGUGUAAAUAGUUAUUUAAAUGCAUAAACAUAAAUUCAGCAUCACGUUGGUGUGAUGACAAGAAGUAGUAAGGUGCUAGGUGGCUACAUUAAAAGCACAGCAGAGUAUAUCAUCAGUCACUAUGACUGGUGGUUUUUAUAAACUAGGUUCAGUUUUUGAACCACCCAGAAUACCUCAUGUGUAAAUACAAUAGUCAUGACUUAAUUGAAAUAUAGUUAUUGUAAAAAGAAUGUGAAGCCACUGGUUGGCUUAUGCCUUCUGAUUAUUAUCCUUGCCUCUUUUUUUGUAAAGGGGUUGUUUUUUGUUUUUGUUUUUUAAUAGGGUUUACAGCUAGAAUUUUGAAUGCCAAAGUUCUAUUUAUUAAAUUUAAAAAGUUUUCAAUGUUAAUGGCUAAGUAUUUUUCCACUGGACUAUUGUUUGUUGAUGUUGGGAUUUGUAUUAACAGAGAAAUAAAUUUUUUAUAAAAGAUUUAUGUCUACCAAGUGCCUAGUGUUGAUAUAAAAAUGUAUUUGAAAUUUCAGACUCUGAAUUCUCAAUGACAAGAAUAUGCUGGCUUGACUCUUUCAAAAAGUUUCCUUUAUGCAAGAAAAAAAUCUUACUAGAACAGGGGCACUUCUGCCUUAUAUGUCUGUCUGAGUUUCUUUUCAGUCAUUGAAAAACGUUUUGUCAGGGCUUUUCCUUGAAGGGCACUGAGAUUUUCUGAAGGCAUAAAUACAAGGGCAUGGCUCUGCAUUUCAGCUCAUAGAACUGUAUCUCUACUUUGAAUUUCUAAAACUCUUAUUUGAAUCAAGAGUCUUCUCUCUACUUUUCCAACAGACAAAAUCAGAUUUCAGUUUUUAUAUUGCUGAAAGAUUGGCAAGGUAAAUCUUUUUUAUUUCCUCCCUUCUAAUCAGAGAUUAAAACCUUACUGAAACAUACACAAAUAAGACCUUGUUAAAAAAUUGCUCUGCAGAGGCCUCAACAUCUCAGAUUGAUGGCUCCCUGGGUCCUUGUUCUAAGUCCUAUGUGCCUUAAUGUUGCCUGCUGGUUAACAUUUGGAUUAGUAGUGUCUGUUUCUAGUCCAGUUAACUUGGCAUUGCUGUCAAAAGUUUUUAAUGAGGCAUCUAAUCCAGUUAACAGGAAAAAGAAGCAUGCAUUAUGACCCCAUAGGUUAUAAGCAAAUGACGUGGAAGUAAAAACAGAAUAGAUAGAGUCCUUGAGUAUUUCCAAGGUUAUUAAUGAAGAGUCUUCUGCUUUAGAAGAAAACAUAGAAGAAAACAUUUUGAUCUGCUUUUAAAAAUAAAGUUUCAAUGGAGUCAGCAAAGGCUUUUGAUGGGGUUCAUCCCAGUGAUUUUGCCAGUACUUUGAGCUUCCUUUUUAGGUCAGUUUCCCAACCAACCAGUCUUUCUGUGUAGAUAUACAGAGGACUCAGUUUAAAAGAGGAGUAAAUAUGCUCUUAGUGUUGGUGUAAAUGAUGGCAUGUGGAUCCAGCAGAGCAAAUCGUUUACAAAUAGAUAGCACUCUAACACCAUGUCAGUUAAGAUGGUCUCCUUGGUUUAGUGGAGAUUCCCAUUUGAGGACUGAAAUUGUGACAAAGGUUUCUUCAAAUAAAACUGCUCUCCCUGAUAAAUUCAGUGUGAUCACAAAAAGAAAAAACAACUUCCCAUUUCAGCCACCUGUUUUUACUUUAACACAGUCUCACUUCACCAUCUCCAUAGAUGCCUUUAUAAUAGAAGUUUUAAUGAAACAUAUGCCUACCCUACCCUGUGACCUGGAAAUUCCAGUCUAGAUGUUUACUUGAGAUAAAUACAAACAUGCAUCUAAAAAGAGACUUGUAAGUGAAUGUUCACAGUGAUUUUAUCCAUAAUAAUAAAAAACUGGAAAUAGCCCAAGAUCUGUCAGUAAGAGUUCUUUACCUAGAGUUGACAAACAGCAUUCUUUCAUAACCUCAGGUUUUGAUUGAUUAUCGAAAAUAUGUUAAUACUUUGGGGGAGAUGGAGUAACAUUUCAUAGACAGCAGUGUGAUGGUGUAUCACUUCCUUUGUGUUAUACCAGAGGCACUUUUGUUUCUCUUCCCUCUGGGGUGAGCAUUGUCCUUUGUGGUGCCCCCACCUGUGUUCCAUGAGUCCACACUUGCUGUGAAGCUCUUGGUUUCACCCUUCUUGAGACAAAUCUUUUAUGCCGUUGUUUCUGAACAGCAUGAAGAGCUCAUCAGAAUUUGAACUCUUUGAGAGCAGGCAUGUUGUCUUAUUAGACUUUGCAUAUAAUAAGCCUGUAGGACAUACUAAUCUCCAGAGACGUGCAAAUACCUGUUGUUAGCCCCAGGAAGGAAGAAUGAUUUCAAAGGGGAAAGAAGUGGUUUUUAUAGCAUAGGUCAUCCUUGGAGGCUGUGGUGCUUUUAAUGGGACAUGUAAAGUGAUAGUAAACCCUACUUAGGCAAGUUCCAUUUUCCUCCAUCCCUUGGACCUUUUGCUAAUCUCUCUUAUGACUGUCCUCUUUCUGCCCUUCUGUGGGUUCAGGCUACAGAAUUGGACACAGUUGUUUCCUAGCCCCAGUGUUCCUGGAGCAUAACAAUCUCAUUGGGCGUUAAGCCAGCUGUGUAGGUUUUGUAAGGACAAAUUCAAGGUUGUAAAAGAGGAGCAAAAUGUCAACUUAAACAGUGAAUGCAGUUCCAUCUAUGUAUGUAUGCACAAGUCUGGAGAAUAGUCAUUGAAGCAUAUAGUAGCAGCUGGCAUCCCUUCUAAACAAAGUAGGUUAAGUCUGUGACUUGGUAUCUUUCAUGACUUUCAGAAAUUUCUCAAUCAUAUUCCUCUGCAUAUUGUGUUUUGUCCUGCUUUCUCUUUUCCCCUAUAACUGUACCUCCAGUCAUGUGUAUCUUCUCUUUUAUCCACUAUGUACGUCAUAUUCUUUACUACUCUUUUGUUCCCUUCAUUCUUAAUGUUCUCUGGUGAUAUAUCUUCUAAUUGACUAUUUCUCCUUUUGGCUAUAUUUAAUUAUCUGUGAAAUCCAACCAUAGAGUUGCCAAUAUCAGGUUUUGUAUUUUUCAGUUCUAAAAUUUCCAUUUGGUUCUUCCUUAGAAUUUUUAGUUUUCUUUCAACAUUAUCAAUUUUUUCACUGAUUUCUUAAGCAAAUUAAGCAUAAAUAUUUUAAAGCCCGUUAUCUGUAUUGUCAGUUUGUUUCUACUAUCUGUUGUUUCUCUUCAUUUUUAAAAUAAAGUCUUAUUCUCACACA